AUGCAAGAAAAUGGAGGGGGAGGGCAACGAGGUGGAGAGAAAGAGGGUGCAGAAGAUGAGAGGGUGGCGAUCCAAGGCAGGAAAGACUGUAGAAGCCAUGCUGCGAGCUUGCUGCUCAGACUCGUCGGCUUCUCGUACCUCGUCGCCUUCACUUCCGUCUUCCUGCAAGCUCCAGGACUUUACGCCGAUCUGGCGGAUCGAGGAGGGGAUCAAGAGCUCUCAGCAGGGGUUCUUGUGGAGGCUGAGGCCAGAAAGCCUUGGGAUGUUAGUUUCUUCCAUGACCAUGUGUGGAAUGUGCUCCUCUCCCUUUUCCUUGUAUGCUGGGUGCUGUAUCAGUCCAUCUUCCUCGUGGGCCAGACCUUCCUGUCCUUUCAGUGGGACAUUUUUCUGCUGGAAGUUGGCGGGCUGGUGCUCCUGUUUGCCCCGCUGACCUCCUACGGGAGCAGGAGAGGUCCAACUCAGCUCUCAGCCCUCUGCUUGCACUUCUGCCUGUUCAAGAUCAUGCUCAUGAGCGGGGUGGUGAAGGUCCAGGCUCGUUGCCCCACGUGGAUGGGGCUGACGGCACUGCACUAUCACUAUGCGAGUCAGUGCAUCCCGACACCGCUGUCGUGGUUUGCUCACCAGCUCCCCAACUUCAUCCAGAAGCUCUCGGUCGUGGGGACCUUCAUCAUCGAGAUCCCUGCCGCGUUUCUCAUUCUUCUCCCCUUCCGACAGGCUCGGGUGUGGGCGGCAUGGUUGAACAUUUUCCUCAUGGUCUGCAUCAUGCUGACAGGCAACUACACCUUCUUCAACCUGCUCACUGCCACCGUCUGCCUGUCCCUCCUCGACGAUGCCUCUUUCUCCUGGCGGUGGAAGAAGAGAACCCGACGAGAUAAACGACCCUCUCGCACUCCCUCCAAGGGACUUCAGAACACGACGUCGGUGUUGCAUUCAGAACAGUUCCUCAAGUCAUUACAUGAGCUGGAAGGGAGGGAGUGGAGCCUGCGGAGCUGCACGAAAUCCUUCAUGGAGGUCGCCUUCACAGAAGAGGAAAUGGAUCAAUGGAUUGAGACUUCACUGUUCUGGUGUAUCCCCAUGUUCUUCGCUCACUUCCUGGGCCAGGCAGUCAGAGAAGCUGCUCAAGUCUACACAACCUCCAGAUCCAUCCUCCGACGUUGCUGGAGAUUCGGGAACCUGAUGAUCGUCUUUGUCUUCGGCUCGAUGUAUCUCUUUGCCUCCCUCGAGCCUCUCUCCUCCAUCGCCCCAGCAACCAGGAAACUUUUCCUCCCCUUCGUUCCCUCCCUCUCCUCCCGCGCUCAGGCAUGGCGCCUCACCAGCGGAUACGGUCUCUUCCGCAGGAUGACAGGAGUCGGACAGAAGACGCAGGUCCUGCCCAACUCGGGAGGCAAGGCGAUACCUGUGGUAGCAAGGCCCGAGCUGGAGCUGCAAGGGAGCGACGAUGGCACGAACUGGAAGCCUCUGGAGUUCAAAUUCAAACCAGCCGGGCUCCUCCUUGGGUCGGCCUCCUGGCUUGCCCGGCACUUUCUCGGGGAUGCACCAGCCGCGACUCGACUGGCAGCCCUUGGGAGUUACCAGUACAACCCGUGGCUGCUCGUGCUGAUCUACCGCCUCCUGGAGGGAUCCGAUGCAACGAGGAGUUUGCUGGCCACUGAGCUAUGGCCGAAGGAAUGGUCAGCAGGGAGCCCCCCGAGGGCCAUCCGCAUCAUCAAGUUCGAGUACGACUUUGUGAGACAAGAACAGGCGAAGAGCGGCAAAUGGUGA